AUGUCAGAGAAAACAAUAUCAUUAGGAGAAUACUUAUUUGCAAGAUUGAAUCAAAAACCAAUUGGAAUCAAAAACGUCUUUGGUGUUCCUGGAGAUUUCAACUUGGCAUUGUUGGACAAGAUUGACGAUGUAGAAGGAAUGAAAUGGGUCGGAAGUGUCAAUGAAUUGAAUGCAGGUUAUGCCGCCGACGGAUACUCGAGAAUUAAAAAUUCAUUCACACCCGAAGGCUCAUCAAUUGGUUGUCUUGUUACUACGUUUGGUGUUGGGGAACUUUCGGCAGUAAAUGCAAUUGCUGGAGCUUAUUCUGAACAUGUGGGGUUAGUUCAUGUUGUUGGUAUUCCAUCAAUUGAUGCCCAAAAGAAGGAAUUGUUGUUGCACCAUACUUUAGGAAAUGGUGAUUUCACCGUUUUCCACAGAAUUUCUUCCUUUAUCAGUGCAACCACUGCUGCAUUGAAUGACCCAGUUCAUGCACCAGAUGAAAUCGAUAGAGUUAUAGAAUCAGCAUUUGUUAACCAAAGACCUACAUAUUUGGCUUUCCCUUCCAAUUUGGUCAAUGCAAAAGUGCCAGCUAGCAGAUUGGAAAAACCAUUGAAUUUGACACCACCUCCAAAUGAUCCAAAAAUACAAGAAGAAGUAUUGAGUACAAUCCUUGAAAUGAUUUCCAAGUCGAAGAAUCCAGUUGUUAUUAUAGACGCUUGUUGCGGUAGACACAAUGCCACUUUUGAAGCCAACAAGUUGAUCCAAUUGACCAAUUUCAAGUUUGCUGUGACUCCAAUGGCAAAGGGGGCAAGAGAUAUCGAAGAAAAUGAUCCGAAAUUCAUUGGGGUUUACGUGGGUGACUUGUCCUAUCCAAAAACUAAGGAGUUGGUUGAAAGUUCUGAUUUGGUGUUAUCACUUGGAGCAAUUUUAUCUGAUUUCAAUACUGGUGCAUUUUCUUACUCAUUAGAUGCUUCCAAGAUUAUUGAAUUUCAUUCCGAUUACACCAAGAUCAAGAACGCACAAUAUCCAAAGAUUAGAAUGAAGGAAUUGCUUCAUGCGUUGGUGUCAUCUCCUGAGUUGAAAAAAAUCACUGCCAAUCAUAAGCCACCAACUCUUGACCUUGAUAAGAUGCCUCCAGUGAAAUUACCUGGUGACCACAAGAUUACUCAAUCUUGGCUUUGGUCCAACUUGGGCUCAUGGUUGAGAGAAGGCGAUGUUAUUAUUUCCGAAACUGGUACUUCCAAUUUCGGAAUUAUCCAAACGAAAUUCCCCAAAAAUUGUGUUGGUAUCAGUCAAGUAUUGUGGGGCUCCAUUGGGUAUUCAGUAGGCGCUGCAUCUGGUGCUGUUAUUGCUGCUGAAGAAGUUGAUCCAAGCAGAAGAGUUAUAUUGUUUGUUGGUGAUGGUUCUUUACAAUUGACAGUACAAGAGCUUUCCACCAUGGUGAGACACCACAACAACAUUUACGUGUUUGUUUUGAACAAUAAUGGAUUCACUAUUGAAAGAUUGAUACAUGGAAAGACUGCCGCAUACAAUGAUAUUCAAGAAUGGGAAAAUACUGAAUUAUUAAAAGUAUUUAAAGGUACAAACAUUGAAACUCGCAAGGCAGGAAAUAUCAAGGAAAUCACCGAUUUGUUCAAUGAUAAGGAAUUCGCCAAGAAUAACAAAACUAGAUUGAUUGAACUUAAAUUAGAUACAUUAGAUGCACCCGAAAAUUUGGUCAAACAAGCUGAAAUUUCAUCAAAGACAAAUGAUGGUUGA